AACAAAAACUCUCCUUUGGAUAACUAGGCGAACCAGGUGUCAUGAUACCCACACUCAAUUUCAUCGCCCAGUACCAACAAUAACUUGCGUAUUAGUUGCCAUUUAAGCCGUCAUGUUUGUAGGGGUGCGAGUUGUACGAGGCCCGGACUGGAAAUGGGGCGACCAGGACGGGGGGAGAGGCUCUGUAGGCACCGUGGUCCCUGCAGAGUCUGCGGAGAGUGCCAAGGGUGUCUGGGUGCGAUGGGACUCGGGCAGGAAAGCAAACUACCGCGCAGGUGGAGAAAAAGGCACGUACGAUCUGCGGAUUUACGAUAACGCCCAACAAGGAGUGAAGCAUCCGAAUGUCAACUGCGACUGCUGUCCAGAGGAAGGCAUCGUCGGCAUACGCUGGAAGUGUCUGGAGUGUCAUGACUUUGACUUGUGUCACAGCUGCUAUAAUGAGGGAAAACAUGACCUGGGCCAUCGCUUCACUAGGAUCGAAACCAACUCAGUUCCUGGAGUUGAGGUUCCAUGUCGAUUGGGCGCCACCAAAUGUCGCUCUUUGGGCAUUUUCCCCGGUGCCCGAGUGGUGCGCGGGCCCGAUUGGCAAUGGGGAGAUCAGGAUGGAGGAGAAGGGAAAAUUGGUACCGUGAAGGAAGUCAUUAGCGCAGAGGGAACCCAUCGGUCCUGGGUCAAAGUUCAGUGGCUCAACCGCUCGGACAACAAUUACCGGCGGGGUCACGAAGGCAAGCUGGACGUACAAUACACGCAAGAAGACACCGCUGGGGAAUUCUACAUCGAUCAUCUUCCCAGGCUCGAUGCCACCAAUGUCCGGACUUACUUGGACACCGGAGACAAGGUCCGUCUGCUGGACAUGGACCCUGCGAAGCUCAAGGAACUGCACCUAGAAAGUUGUGGCUGGAACGAAGAAAUAAAAAACUACAGAGGCAAAGUCGGUGAAGUCAUUGUGGUCGACAAAGAUGGCGAUGUCAAGGUCAACUUUGGGGGAGCGUCGUACUUCAUUCAUCCCCUGUGUCUCGUCAAGGAGAAGAAGGAAGCUGAAGAGGCAGGAGGUAGUGCUGGAGGUUCAGAACUCAAUGUUGGUGGAUUAUUGGCCGCUCUUCUCCUGAAGUCGGAGCUGCAGAAACUCGGAUCCCUGCUUGGCGGAUCGGCGGGUAGAUCAAGCGGUGCUGUUCUCUUCCAGGCUGCAGCCACUGGCGACACCAACAAAGUGCGAAGGAUCAUCAAUGAUCACCCAGACGCGGUCCAAUUUCAGAAUGGCAAAGGACAGACGGCGCUGCAGGCUGCUGCUCAUCGUGGUCACGUGGAUGUGGUGAAUGUCCUGGUACGGUAUAAAGCGCCGCUAGAACACCGCGAUGAGGACGGAGACACUGCGUUAAAUUAUGCUGUGCUUGGCAACAAACCGGACAUUGUCCUAAAUCUUCUUAUUGCUGGCAGCAAGAUAAACGCAGCCAACAACAAAGGUUUGACCCCACUCCACUUUGCUUCUAACGAAGGUCACGAGGCAUGCGUAGAGGCGCUGCUCGGUAAGCAGGACUGCGACGUCAACUACCAGGAUAGUAAUGGCAACACGCCACUGUUUCUUGCCAUUGGCAAGAAGAACAAGCAGAUCAUCCUUUGGCUGAUAAACAGCCAACGCGUUGACCUCCGUCAGGUGAACAAGAGAGGAUUCAACAGUUUGCAUCAUGCCGUGCUUUCCGAAAACAAUUUUGCUUUGGAAGCGAUUCUACGAAAGUCGCCAAGCAUGAUCAAUGUUGCCAAAACUGACGGCUUCACAGCACUACACAUCGCCGCCUUAAACGGACUGACCGAAAUCAUCCUGAUCCUCGUCAAACAGGUGGACUGCGACAAGGAGCUGAAAAACAUCGUUGGGAAAACAGCGCUGCACCUGGCCAUCGACAAGACCCACAACAAGUGUAUCGAGGCUCUGGUCAACAACGGUGCCAAUGUGAAUGCCCAGGAUAACGACGGUAACACCAGCCUCCAUAUGAUCAUGAUGGAAGCCUCUGUGAAAGAGAUCAUGCGGGGAACACCGGUGGGACAGUUGUUGCAGCUUGUCGAGCAGCUCGAAAACGAAGGCAGUUCGUCCGACCAAAGAACCAACCUGGUUGCCAUAGCGGUGUACCUAAUUAAAAAUGGCGCCGACAUCUACAUCAAGAAUAAAAAAGGACUGAAUGUUCUUGACGUCACCCUCAACCCAGGAGUUGAGAAUCUCAUCAAAACUCUCUUCGAAUUGAAAAGGACUGGAGAGGCACCGGCAUCCAAAAAACGUUGCACUGUCAGCUAAACGAUUUGCCGUGUAACCAGCUACACAACAUCAAGUCGUGGCCGGGAUAGGUCCUCCAGUAAUUAACACGGCCCACAAUUGCAACAAGAGUAAAUACUCUCUUAGGUCUUUUCGUUGCAAUACAUCCCCAACUGUGAUGAACGAUGAGCUAUGUAUCCAGCUAUAAUUAAUACAUAUACUCCUUCCUUUUGUAGCUCUACGGGGUGAGUAAAAAAACAACAACCAAAUGUCGGGACUUUUGUUUUAGUGAAGCUAACCGUGUA